AUGCAUCAUGUUUUUAAAGAACACGGAAUGUCCUGUAUAGAAAAGCUUCAGUGCCAAUGUGUCUGGCAUGCUAAGCUUGUACGAAGCAACACAUCUAAGGGUGCAUAUGGAGAAGAUAUACUAGAAGAGGCUCUUGUUUUCACCACCGCUCACCUUGAGUCCAAAAUAACCCAUGUAAGGUAUUCACUGGCAACACAAAUAAGUCAAGCGUUGGACAGACCUCUGCUAAAAUGUCUAGAGAGGUUAGGUGCCAGGAAUUACAUGUCAAUCUACCAAGACGAAGCUUCGCAUAAUGAAACUCUACUAAAACUUGCAAAGUGGUGGAAAGAAGUAGACUUUGAAAGGAAGUUGCCUUUUGGAAGAGAUUGUGGAAUUGUACUUUUGGACAACGGCAGAAAAAUUCUAAACAAAGUCAUUGCCCUGGGAACAGUGAUGGAUGAUAUAUACGAUGCAUUUGGUACCUUCAAAGAACUCGAGAUCAUUACAGAAGCAAUUAGGAGAACUCCUACAAUUGAUACACUUAAAAUGAUUAUGGUUGAUGCAAUUUUCAGCAUAUGUCAAAUGCAGUGGAAAGAUACAGCAAAGCUUACAUUGAUAAGGCCAGAUGGUUACACGAAGGAUAUGCGUCCCAGGCAUGGAGGAUUUGAGAAAGAGAGUGGAUAUGUUGCUUCUUGCAUUGAUUGCUAUAUGAAGCAACAUGGAGUCUCAGAGCAAGAGACACUUGAUGAUGUUUUCAACAAACAAGUUGUGGAAGGAUAUAAACGAGGAGCUCCUUAUAAGACCAACUGA